GGGGGACUCGCCAUGUUUUGCAUGUAACAUUCAAAUACCCUGAUCGUGUUUAAACAAUUAACAAGGGUCUAUUGGAGUCGUGGGAAUACGGUUUUAUAAUUCAUUGAAUGUUCUUUGUUUACCACCUGUCCUAAUGGGACGGGAAAACAGAAUGGAGAUGUCUCAUUUUUCCCCAUCCUACUUCGUGUGUGUAUUCCGUGUAAUAAGUGGAGGUUUAUAAAUUAUUCUUAUCUUUUUCAGGCACUCUGAGAUUAUCUCGCAACCCAGCUCUCUCCCAUAACAACAGGAAACAGUCUUCUUCGUCUCUUCUCUCCUCUGUUUCCAUCACAAACCUUCCUCUCCCCCCUCCUCCUAUUCCUCCCUCUCACUCUUCUCCCACUCGCGCUCCUGGGAGCUUAAGAGCAAAACCACGAGCCGCGUCAUCAGCGACAUCUGUGACGUCAUUUUCACAUCCAGCGAAAUGGAGGUACGAGCCGAAUGUGCCGGUCAACUCGGCACGUUUUGAAGAUCAGGGACCAUUACCGGCUAUACCAAGCCUCAGAAGCAGAUGUAACAGCAAUCCUAGUUAUGUGAAUAAGGCAAGACCUGGGAAACCCAUAAGAGAGAUGACGUUCGACAGUUUACGUUCGGCUUCUUCAAACACAAAACGUAGAAGACCAAUCAACACAAUGCUUGAGAACUUCGGCCAUAAAGUACCGAUGGAAAUCCAUGAGACGAAUACUGAGGCAAGUCAAACAACACAAGUCGCUACGUGCGUGGCUGAUCAAGAUUGUUCAUUGGCAGGAAGUGAUUGUGAUGAGAAUACGAAGUCUCGACCCAAAGGCGCCGAACAACGCGACGACUCGACCGACCCGACUGUUACGUCACAAGCGGAGGGUAGCGAUACCGGGAAUUCACCUGUUUAUACGAAAGUGAAUUUGGAGUCGAGGAAGAGUCACGUGACAGCGAGUGCUGGGUCUGAAGAGGUCUCAGUUUAUCAUAAACUUGAUUAUGUGACGGGGGAUGUGGCGACUAGUAGAGUUAGCUUCGUACGAAAGUCACCGGGACCGGAACGGAAUAAAUCUGUUGAUUAUUUUCAUGAAGUUUUAUUGCGUUGGGGUCCAAAGCUCCCCGAAGAUGGUGACUACGAUCACCUCGAUAGCGACUUUAGCGGCCGUUUCAGGAUCACGCACAAAUUGAGACGACCAACUGACGUCAACGGGAAAUCCCCAGAGGAGGAACACAAAUCAAAACCGACGGUAAAAAGUAGAAGUUUGUUCAAUGUUGGGAACAGUAAUAAGAAAGAGAAGCCAAGAUUAAAGAAAACGACGAUUUAAUGACGUUGUUGAUAAAUAAAUGAACAGUUUAUCGGAUGUUUUAUUCGUACACCUUCUUUGAAAUAAAAUAUCAAAUGUGUGAUUUGGGGUUAUUUGAUUAAGUAUUAAAUAAGCUUAACAAAACGUGUAUUAGCAUGGGAUUGGCAACAAUAGAUAAGUCACUUAAAUUUCCAUUCAUAGAAAUUUAAAUGACCAAACCAACCAAAAGUCAGGUCUGCUUAUCCACACACUACAAUAGCUUUAGAAACUUGACUGUGGGCAUGUGAGUGGCAACCAUGGAUAAGUCACUAUAGUUGUAAAUAACUGGACCAACCAAAAGGUUUUUAAAAAAUAAAACCUUUACUUUAGAAAACUUAGUAAACCACAUAAACCAAACUAUUACAUGAAAGUUUUGUAUUUUGAUAUCAAAGCAAUUAUACAAUAUAUACAACAGAGUGAAACUGUAAUGGGGGCCAGCGUAUACAAGAUACAAAGAUAAGCAAGCGACUAUUUACAGCAUAAAAAUAUUAACAAAUAUACAAUAAUGUACAGGUUUCUUCUACAUGGCUUUUGGUUAACUAGUUUGAUAUUUCUUUCAAAAAUGCUUUCCAGUUUUGGAGUUUUAGAAAUGGCGGAAGACUUUUGUAAUGUUGUGUCGUGGAAUUCCUGAUGGCAUUUUUAAUUUUCUGAUGACGUAUUUAAUUUUCUGAUGACGUAUUUUUAAUUGCUCAGGACGUUGUUUCUUUUCAUUGUUACGCUUGAUCUUAGAUAGAUUGUGACAUCAUAAAUCCAUUGUUUUGAAAUAUCCCAUCCAAUUGUUACGUCAUAUAGAUAUCAUUGUGACAUGAGAUUCCAAACUCGAUGUGAAGAAAUCACAACAGCGAGUUUUAUUUAUAAGAUUUCGCGAAACUUUUUGUUUGUUACGUCACAGUUCGCACCAAUGCUACAUGUUUGUUUAUAAGAUUUCAAUGUUUAUGUUCGUCGCGAUGUUCAAACAGCUUCUGUGACGUCACAGAAGCGACCGCUUUGAAGCGCGAUCGCUUCGCCAUAUUUGGAUAAAGUAUAAACGUGUUUCCAAUUGUUAGGAACACCAUAGACAAUUGUUAUUGUUCUGAUAAUUGGAAUCGGCAAAUCUCGGUGACCUCGAUUCGACUAUGACGUCACAGACGGUAAUUGGAAAUCGCCGUUUAGGGGAAAACAAAAUUUCGUGGUUUAGAAUUCGAGUUUUAGUUGAUAUUCGAGACAAGCAUUAUUAUUCUAUUAUGACGUCACUAAAAC